CGGCCGUGGUGACUCCUUGCUGCCCCCAGUCCGCCUGGCCUUGCUGCUAUUCCAGUUUCAACUCUUCUGCCUGUGGUUAUGGAACCCCUACCUGUCCCAGACCUGCUGUUUUCAACUCUUAAUGAUCGGCUAUGAAAAGCCAACUGAGAUUUAUUCCUGAUUAUUAUUUGACCAUGCUUGUCAUUUAUGAACAUUUUGAAAAUCUUGGCUCUCUCUAAUUUUCUCCUUCUCUCUUUCUUUCUCUCGGAGGACCUGGGCCCUAGGACCAUGCGUCGGGACUGCCGCCCGUGGUGACUCCUUGCUGUCCCCAGUCCGCCUGGCCUUGCUGCUAUUCCAGUUUCAGCUGUUCUGCCUGCGGUUAUGGAACCGCCACCUGUCCCAGACCUGUUGUUUUUCAACUCUUAAUGAUCAGCUAUGAAAAGCCAACUGAAAAUUAUUCAUGAUUAUUAUUUGACCAUGCUUGUCACUUAUGAACAUUUUUGAACAUCUUGGCAUAGUUCUGUUAUAAUCUCCACCCGGCACAGCCAGAAGAGGACUGGCCACCCCUCAUAGCCUGGUUCCUCUCUAGGUUUCUUCCUAGGUUUUGGCCUUUCUAGGGAGUUUUUCCUAGCCACCGUGCUUCUACACCUGCAUUCUAGCUGUUUGGGGUUUUAGGCUGGGUUUCUGUACAGCACUUCGAGAUAUUAUCUGAUGUACGAAGGGCUAUAUAAAAUAAAAUUGAUUGAUUGAUUGAAGAGAGUAGUAGAUGCAGAUUGGUCCAGGUAGAGGGAGACUAACAGGAUCCCUAUGAGUAGGCCGAGGCCAAUAGAGAGUGAUAGAAUAACAUGUACUUCAGUAAGGUUGAAUUCUCAGUGUUCAUAGCCAUGGUUAUCAACUGUGCCGCAGAAAUGGAACGUGGUGGAAAAUGGCUGUGGUGGUGGCAGCUGCUGAUAAGUACUUGGGUGUAAGCAAUUUUCGAUCUUAUUGCAGUAGAGUUACAAGUUGUGUUGAGGGAUAGUGCAGCGCCUAGAUCUUCUGCACAGAUUCUGUCACACCUGGGCCCUGACAGUAAAUCUCAGUAAGACAAAAAUAAUGGUGUUCCAAAAAAGGUCCAGUUGCUAGGUCCACAAAUACAACUUCCAUCUAGACACCGUUGCCCUAGAGCACACAAAAAAACUAUACAUAUCUCGGCCUAAACAUCAGCGCCACAGGUAACUUCCACAAAGCUGUGAACGAUCUGAGAGACAAGGCAAGAAGGGCCUUCUAUGCCAUCAAAGGAACAUAACAUUUGACAUACCAAUUAGGAUCUGGCAAAAAAUACUUGAAUCAGUGAUAGAACCCUUUGCCCUUUAUGGUUGUCAGGUCUGGUCCGCUCACCAACCAAGAAUUCACAAAAUGGGACACACACCAAAUUGAGAAACUCUGCAUGCAGAAUUCUGCAAAAUAUCCUCUGUGUACAACGUAAAACCCCAAAUAAUGCACGCAGAGCAGAAUUAGGACGAUACCCGCUAAUUGUUUCCAGGGUUAGAGUAGUGCAGAAGUUGUCAUAUGCUGAGGCAGUGAAGAAAGUAGAGGAAGAUGGGUCAAGGGGGAGGGAUCCUCAGGGGAGUGAUGUGAGUAGUAGAUAUGUACCAAUACAGAGGGAUAAGCCAACAAGUGAUAUGUUUCAGUAAGAAUGGAUUUUUAGCAUUUAUAGCAAUGGUUAUCAACUGUACUGCAGGGAUAGAACGUAACUUGCAGAAAUUGAGGUUGUGGUGGCAGCUGCAGAGAGGUAUUUGGGUGUGCGAGACUUGACAUCAGAAGAGUUACAGGGUGUGUUGAGUGGUGAUGUCCCAUCCUUUCAGGUUGUUGACAUGAGGUAGGAUUAAAUAGAUUUAAGUAGUGGAUUAGGGUGGUGUUAUUUUAAUUUAAUUUACUUUAGAAUUUAGAAUUUUUUGUGAAUGUAGUGUUAGAUGGUGGGGUAUUUUUUUUUUUUUUCAAGCAAAGUAUAAGGAGUUGUACUCCAGUCUAGGAGGUGGCGGUAAUACAACAUAUUGGGCUCCCGAGUGGCACAGCGGUCUAAGGCACUGCAUCUCAGUGCAAGAGGCAUCACUACCUGGUUUGAAUCCAGUCUGUAUCAUAUCCGGCCGUGAUUGGGAGUCCCAUAAGGCUGCGCACAAUUGGCCCAGCGUUGUCCGGGUUUGGCCGAAGUAGGCCGUCAUUGUAAAUAAGAAUUUGUUCUUAACUGACUUGCCUAGUUAAAUAAAGGUUACAUUUAAAAUGUUUUUAAAAAUAUUGGAUGCCAACCGCCGUUAAACCUCGUCGAAGAAGAAGGGGAGGCCGUGAAUGGCCUCACACUCCAGUACAGUAGGUGGCGUUGUAUGCACGUUACGGAAAUACAAAUUUAGAGAAGGAGAAGUGAACCGUAACCAAGAGUCAUUUCCACGUUAGCUUUUUGUGUUGUUAUUUAGACGCUUAUUAAUACUCUGGAACUCAAACUAUGACUAAUUUAAUUGUACAACAUCACACGUUUACCUCGGGUAUUCUUUAAUUCGCAUUGGAGACAGGACUUGGUUGAUAUACGUUAUCUAGGUAACGUUAACUAGCUGCUAACAUGGCUAACUGUAUGGUUUUUCACACUCAAAUAGCCUCCAUUAUGGAGGUGCUAGCGAAUGCAGCCGUGGCAGAGAUUUGUAAACUCGUAGACGACGACUAUGCAGUGUUUCGUUUGGAAAUGACUCAAAGCCAGAAAGAAAACAGGGCAUUGCGGAGGAAACUACAGCUACUGGAACUGAGGGUAGCACGGGAGCGCGUCCUCGCCAGUCGUCCCAGUAGUGUCAAGAUCCUCGACCGACACAGAGGAAUGGCAAGAGGUGAAGGACAUCUCGCUGGAGGCCACAGGAGCUUUGUAAAGCCAGCAGGACGCAAUACAUGGAGAGAUGACCAACCAAUCACGGAUAAUGAGGGGAGUGGAACCUCAAACCAUCAUGUUAUUGUGAUAGAGUCUGUAGAUGCUGAGGAUGCAGGGCCUGGGGUCAAGCUGGAGAGGUCUGAAGGAGAGGACCCAGGGCAAAGCACAGACAUCCAGACUGGAGCGGCUGGAGUGCUCCCUGUAGCCACGGAGGACCCCACCACCACGCCGCCCAGAACCCGACGCAGCAUCACGGACGUCAGCGGAACGCGGAAUGCUGUCCUCAAGUCCGAGACAGACGCUGAGACCUUAACUGUAGCACACAGGCUUUUACACACAGGAUCUGACCACAGAUCCGAUCCAGAGAGACUGGGGCCACUGGGCUGUCCUCCUGCUCCUAGCACAGAGUAUUUACCGUUAUUUCACCAGAGCCAGAAGAUGGUUAAUUCCUGUGGAAAUACUGAUGGUGAUGCGUUAGACUCUGGUGGUGAUGAUCUGUCUUGUUUUUACACUACAGAGAUGGACUCUGGCAACAUAUCCUUGGGUUUAGAGACACCGACUGAUCUGUCUAGAGGGGACUGGAACCAGUGCAAUAGUAGUGUAUACUCUGAAGGGUGCCUAGAUAAGAAAGGGAAGGUUAUAGCGGUAGAUGACGUGACUGUGAAAGUGGAGGGCGACACUCCUCUUACAUGGAAUGCAGACGAGACUCACUUAGGAGAAGGACACUCACAAGAGUUCUUAGAUUACAGGGAAAGCUUAGAGACAAAUCCAAAUGUCUCAAGCCACUCCCCUGUACACACGCUCAGGGAUCGUGCCCCAGUGUCCACAACGAAGGGGCCUUCCGAUUCACACGGCCGCGUCCUUUUCGAUCAGGUAUUGAACUCAAACGACAGGACUAGAGCCCAUGAUCAGAGAGGGGGAGCCACAUCAGGCAAUAAUAAAGAGAAACGGUUCCUCUGCAUGUUCUGUAACAAAGGCUUCAGCUGCCUCCAGAAAGUGGAGAUCCACCAGAGGGUCCACACAGGGGUGAAACCCUUCAGCUGUACCCAGUGUGAUAUGCGCUUCGCUGAGGCUGGCAGCCUGAAGAGGCACCAGAGGGUCCACACAGGGGAGAAACCCUACAGCUGCCCCCAGUGUCACAUGCGCUUCACCCAGGCUGGCAGCCUGAAGAGGCACCUGAAGGUCCACGUGGGAGAAAAGCUGUUCGUCUGAGGUUCUCAGAGAGGAGCUACCUCAGGAUACCCCAGCAGAAAAACUAAAAAUCCUUCUUUAACCUGUCUCCUCCUCUCCAUCUACAAUGAUUGAAGUGGGGUUAACAGGUGACAUCAAUAAGAGAUCAUGGAUUUACCUGGUCAGUCUGUCAUGGAAAGAGCGGGUGUUAGUGUUUUGUACACUCAGUGUAUAAAGCACAUAUAAACCUAAAAAGUCUGUUACAUAUUGUGUUUGUACUGUGUAGGCUAGAUGAUGUUCACAAAUGCCUAUUUCAUUACAUUCAUUGAACUGCUUUCACAAGACACUUUUAAUGAGGAAAUGAAUGCAAUUUAUCAAGUUCAUGCAGAUUUUUAGUUGAGAUGUGUAUGUGUGGUUUUCAUAUGGUCUAUUUAACACGUAUGUUUAAUAAACAUAAAAUUGUACUUUAA